CGUGUACUAGCUAAAGCAUUACGUAUGUCUGGUGGAGAUCAUAUACACGCUGGUACCGUAGUAGGUAAGCUUGAGGGGGAAAGAGAAAUAACUUUAGGCUUUGUUGAUUUACUACGUGAUGAUUUUAUUGAAAAGGAUCGAAGCCGCGGUAUUUAUUUCACUCAAGAUUGGGUUUCUUUACCGGGUGUUUUACCGGUGGCUUCCGGCGGUAUUCACGUUUGGCAUAUGCCUGCUCUGACCGAGAUCUUUGGAGAUGAUUCUGUACUACAAUUCGGUGGAGGAACUUUAGGACACCCUUGGGGAAAUGCACCUGGUGCCGUAGCUAAUCGAGUAGCUCUAGAAGCAUGUGUACAAGCCCGUAAUGAGGGACGUGAUCUCGCUCGUGAGGGUAAUGACAUUAUUCGUGAGGCUUGUAAAUGGAGUCCUGAACUAGCUGCUGCUUGUGAAGUAUGGAAAGAGAUCAAAUUUGAAUUCGAAGCAAUGGAUACUUUGUAAUCCAGCAAUUACUUACUCUUAGUUCUCUUAAUUGAAUUAGAAAUAAAAAUUGAAUUGAAAUUAAACUCGGACCCAAUCUUUUAACUAAAAGGAUUGAGCCGAAUACAAUAAAGGGUCUUAUUGUAUAGAUCUAUCGGUUUUGAUAGAUACAUAUUUAUCUAGAUAUACAAGAUCUUAAAUUCAAAAAUAUAAGACCAAAUAACUUAACGCUUUUUUAGUGUUGUGUUGGAUCCACAAUUAAUCCUACGGAUCCUUAGGAUUGGUGUCUUCCUAUACUUAAUAAUUUAUCCUUAUACUUGUAAUGUAAUUCAUUAAUGUAAUUAGUAUUUUUUCUAUUAUAGUAUAGCCUGAUCCUGCAUUUUUGGAUCAUGGCUCGCGUCAAGCAGCCUCUUCUACCCAUCCUGUAUAUUGUCCUUUUCAUUCUGUAUUGGAAU